AUCUAGACCAAAGUUCAUGGCAUGCGCAUGAAUUUUAUUUCCGUGUUUACAAAAUGGCUGGUGACUCCUGGUUAACAGAAUAUGACUCCUGCUCGAGGCUGGGGCAGGAGGUCAUGGAACAAAUCAAUGAAAGAAACAAGCAUGCAAGAACUAGUGCUGCUUACACUAAGCUUUCAGCCCAGAUACGCUCACGGACAAGGCAGUUCACGUCUGACUUGAACAGAUUGAAACAAAACUUACUGAGAGCAUCCUCCUCCUAUCACAUAACUCAGAGGGAGGUGGAGAGAAGACAAGGCAUGAUGGAUGCUCUGGUCACCAGAGAGAAACAGAUUGAUCAAGCCACAAGAAACGAGGAGCAGUCCAGCGUUAAGUCUGUUGGGGAUAGAGGUCUCCUGUUGGCUGGGGCCAGUGACCGUGACCCCUGGGGUGUGCGAGAUGAACCGGAAGUCUUUCCUGACAUGAGCAACACGGACCUGCACCAGCACCAGCAGACUGUCAUCAGAGAGCAGGACAGAGGACUGGAAGCGUUGUCCCACGUGAUCGGUCGUCAGAAGCAGAUGGCGCUGGACAUCGGCAAUGAGGUGGACAGUCAAAAUGAUCUACUGGACGAUAUCGGCGACCAUAUGGACACAACUGAUACACUUUUACAACGAGAAACUCGGCACAUUAGAAUAGUUGACCGCAAGUCUGGGGCCUGCUGUUAUUACAUUGUAAUAAUGUUGCUGUUUGUGGCCAUUAUUGUCAUUGUGGCCGUGCCUUACAAAGGAAAACCUUAAGAGAAAUCCUCACCAUUUCACCAAGCUGACAUGUGUCAUGUCAACUGUCAUGUCAUCUGUUAUGAUGUCAUUAUGAGAACUGUGAUGAAGAGAUGCUGUUAUCCGCAAUUAAUAGCUUCUGCUAAGAAUUGGACAACUUAUUAUUGUACUAAUUAUUACAACUGAUAUGUUUUGAUUAAAAGAGCAAGUUUUGUUAUCUUG